AAAUCCAAUGGACAGAAGAAGAAGCGGAUGGACAGGAUCAACACGGUGCGACCAAAACAUCCUAUUUGAUCUGCAGCGACCAUCUUGUAUUAGUUUUAUUUUUUAAAGCACGGAACUCUUCCUUUUUUUUUACUAAAGAGUUUUGGUGGUUCUUCGCUCAGCUAGUUUACCCAUCAAGCUUACAUUAAGAAACUGACAGCUUGUUAACCCCAUCAACAUGGACGACAACAAGAUAAUGGCUGGAAAAGUGAAGAAACCAGGGAAACGUGGCCGAAAACCUGCUAAGAUUGACUUAAAAGCCAAACUGGAGCGCAGUCGUCAAAGUGCUCGUGAAUGUAGAGCAAGAAAGAAGCUGCGGUACCAGUAUUUAGAGGAACUAGUCUCCAGCAAAGAGAGGGCUAUUUGUGCUUUACGGGAGGAGUUGGAGAUGUACAAGCAGUGGUGCUCAGCCAUGGACCAAGGAAAGAUUCCCUCUGAAAUAAAGGCCUUGCUAACAGGAGAUGAGCAGAAAAUCCCUCAUAAUGGAAGCAACACAAAAGCAUCAAAAAACAGCAAAACAACUGCAGCGAUGGACAAGCCUGAACGUAGAAAUGAGUGACUAUCAAGGUGCACAAAGUGUUGAAAAUAAUGUUAUAAUUACAUUUGAGAAAACUCCAUGACCAGUACAUGCUUGUUAUUUGUAUGUAUGCCUCUGAUCUCUGAUGGGAUUAAACAUGCAUAAAUUGUGAUUACCCCCUACAAAUCUACAAUCUACAAAACCUGUCAUAUGCACUUUAAAUGAAUGAAUUCUGGCUAUGUAUUCAACCACAUGUAAUUUGUGACAUUUUAUGGAAAUGAAUUAUAAUGCCCUAUUUUUAUGGGUGUAGGAGACAAUGUUGUAUAUAGUGUUCUAAGUUAUGUUAACCAUGUAGUUAUUAUAGUAUAGUUUUGUAUGUGUCAGUGUUUUAGUUUGUUUAGUUGUAAAACUAAUAAAAUUUGAAAAGGUAGCAAAACAUAAUUUGUAUUUAGCCAUUUUAUUGUUUCUACCUCUCAUACUCUCCAUGAUUUAUAUAGUCUAUGAUUUAAAUUAAUUAUGCUGUCUAUAGUUUGUGAUUACUUUUAAUUGUUGUCAUAGUGUGCAUGAAUGAGACAGUUUUUAAGUUUAAAUGAAUUUAUUAUAAAGCAUAGAUCAUAAACAAUUCACAAAAAUACUCACAUGGCUAUUCACAAAAUGUUUUGAACAAUUAAAAACAAGACUACAGAAAUGCACAUACAGUUAAUACGUGUGUCUCAUGGUACCAUGCUAACGUAUGACUGGCAAUUGUGUCUGCACUAUUUCAGGCUCAAACAAGUUUGAAACAAUUUU